CAACCCUUCCCAAAUCGGCGCAACUCCCACCCACGCCGCCAAUGCAUCUCCGGUGAUGGCGACGGCGACGGCUGGUCCCGCGCCCACGUUCUUACAUCCCAAGAUGCAGCGGCUCGUCUCCUCUCCUCUCCGGUCUCCGCGGAGGAGCCACCCUGGUCGGGCAGCAGAGAGGAUCGCCGCCGGCUGGAUCCUUUCUCUUCUCGACGGCCAAGCACCACCGGUUGGAGCCCGUCUCAUCCCCCCUCUGGUCGCCGUGCAGCACGUUCGGGUCCAACCUCCCUCCCCCUCGACGGCGCCCGAAACCCUAGCUACCCCCUCUCUUCCACCCAUGACCAUGGCGAGCCCGCACAAGGCACUUUCUUCCCAUCUCAUCUCCCCGCGUGAAGGAAGGGGCCAUGGGGAGAUAAGUUUCUGCAGGUACCUAUUCAAGAGGAGGGCCAUGGAGAAGCCCCGACGCCAUGGAAGAAAUCUCACUUCCUCGAUUCAGUCCAGGGAGACGACGCUGCUGCUGUUCGGUUGA